GGCCAUCAAAUGAAGGAGCUGGCAAAGUCAGCCUCUUGAAGAAAGUACCAGCACUGAAGGACGGAGACUUCACCCUAGCGGAAUGCACUGCUAUUCUGCUGUACCUGAGCCGAAAGUACAACACUCCCGACCACUGGUACCCAUCGGACAUUCAGAAACGGGCCCAGGUAGAUGAGUACCUCUCAUGGCAUCACGCUAACAUCCGGGCUAAUGCUCCUAAGACCAUGUGGAUCAAGGUGCUGAUUCCCCUCUUCACAGGGCAGCCGCUGCCCUCUGAGAAGCUUCAGGAGGUUAUGGAGGGGCUGUCCACUUCCCUGAAGCAAUUUGAAGAGAGGUUUCUGCAGGAUAAGGCUUUUAUCAUCGGGAGUGAGAUCUCUCUGGCUGAUCUUGUGGCCAUUGUGGAGCUGAUGCAACCCGUUGGCGUUGGCUGUGACAUCUUUGAAGACAGACCCAGGCUGAUGGAGUGGCGCAGGCGGGUGGAGGAUGCUGUGGGGAAAGAGCUUUUCUUCCAAGCCCAUGAGAUGAUCCUCAAUAUCAAAGAACUGAGCAACAUUCAAAUUGAUCCACAGCUGAAAGAGCAUCUAGCACCUGUGUUGAUGAAGAUGUUGAAAUGA